UUAAUCGAAAAUUUUGUUGAUAUUAUUGCAGAAUUGUUCUAAAUCAAAGAUAAAAUCCAUUUAAAAUUUAGCGAAGUAACCGUAGACAGUGAGUUAAUUGAAAUCGUAAAAUGUGAUAAAGAAAAUCAAAAGUGAAAUUUAUGAUGGACAAUUAACACAGAAAAUUAAUAUUUUCAAAAAGUAUAACCAAAACGGAGAGGAAACACAUUGCCGAGGCUUGGUUAACAUGAAUGCAACGUCGGAUAACCACAUAGUGCAUUUAACAGAUUUGUCCAGGAAUCAGGAAUCUUCUUUGACUGUGGAUUCACCAACAACAUCAUCGAUUGGUGGCAAUCACCCACUAGGACUUUUUCCCUUUCAAUCGACACAAAGCAGAAGAAUUUCACCAUCAACAUCCCCACAAUUGUAUCACAGUGUACAUGAUGAUUUCUAUGCAGAAUACAGACUUGGUCCAGCGAGGGAUAUAUGGUGCCAUGAUGUCAGCUCAAUCGAUAACUGUGAUAGUUUUACUAACGGUCGAAAUAUUGGAAAACCAUUAAGGAAUGAACGAUCUACUUUCUUCGAUUUUCCACCUUCACCACAUCCAUAUUGUUAUAGAUUAUCAAGUACAGCUCCACAAAUAGUGAAACGAGAACCAAAUGAAAUUUCAGCAUGGCAUUAUCAAGACAAGCUAUUCCCCGAGCCAUUGUAUACAAAUUUAAAAAUUCAGACCACUUCAUCGAGUACAAACUCUACGUCACAUCACCAUCAAUCAUCGCAAUUAGGACACGACACUACCCAUCCGCCGUACCAUCACUCAACCUAUCCAUAUCGAUCACCAGCCGACACAACAACAGCUGUUUCAUCGACCGAGCCAGAUUUUGGCAGUACUGUGACAUCUAAUCAAACUGGCAGCGGAGUGGGAGUUAUUCAUUCAAGUGGAUCGCUACAUCAAAGACGUGGCUCGUUACAAUUGUGGCAAUUUUUAGUUGCAUUGCUCGAUGAACCUGCAUCAAGUGCUGGCUGUAUUGCUUGGACAGGAAGAGGAAUGGAAUUCAAAUUAGUCGAACCGGAAGAAGUUGCACGUAGAUGGGGACUGCAAAAAAAUCGUCCAGCUAUGAAUUAUGACAAGCUAUCAAGAAGUCUCAGAUACUAUUACGAGAAGGGAAUUAUGCAGAAAGUUGCAGGUGAACGAUACGUUUACAAGUUUGUGUGUGACCCGGAAGCACUAUUUAACAUGGCUUAUGGCGGUACUACAACUUGCACUGAAGGCUCAACCAGUCCAUCAAAUUCAUGUCGCAAUAAUACAUCAUCAUCAGCGGCGACCGCAGCAACCACUCACGGAAAUUCAACAUUGAAUGAUAGACAAUUCUCUCAAUAUUAUACGAAUUAUCAGUAGCUUAGCGCAUAUUGUUCCUUGACACGGCAUCACAAAAAACACUUUUUUUUAGAAGAUAAGACAAAAACAGAACAAAAGAAAAAUUGUAAAUUGAAACGCAGUGCAAUAACUUACUUGUAUAGAAAAUAAACGAAUUUUGAUUUGCUUGUUAAAGUUUUCCACUUCAUCUAUGGGGGCUGGGCGCAUUUUCGUUGAAUGGUUCUCGAUUCAAAACAAACAGCAAUUAUUUCUCCCGCCGAUUAUGUUUAUAUAUUUCCAUCAAUUUACAUAAAAAACUCAUUUCUUAGCGGUUGCUUUUUUGAUAGCGGCACGUCGGAUCUUUCUAGCGGCGGCGGCCUUAAUCAAUUGCUGGUGACGGGCUGCAUCCUGUUUCAAGGAAACGACUGCAGUAUUUUUGGCUGACAAUUUGAUACCACGUC